UCGAUACACGUUUUCUGCAAGUGACAACCGACUACGACGCGGGUUAGACAUUUUCCCACAAAUAUUCUUUUGGUGAGGAUGACUGUUGAGGAUGCAGUUUUAUGAGUGGUACUUCUUGCCAAUAUUUAACUGCUGAUGUAGACAGUUGGCAUUGAGAUGGAGACUGGUGUCGUCAUGGAAGCAGUGGAUACAUCCCAGUCCUCGAAGGGUGACCAUGACUACUUUACCCAAGCACCAGCACACACCGACCACAUUGAAACUGGGCCCUCAGAUCAUGACUAUUUCUCUGAGAAACCUCCCAGUCCUCCCGUAUCAGUAGAAGCUGAAGAAGCUAAGGGUGCAGGAGCAACUAAAGAGCCAGGCAAGGAUGAGGAGGACAUGAUACUGACACUGUCCCCACACAGGAAUGAGGAGGAGGAGGAUCAGGAAGAUAUGAAGGCAGAUGCAGAAGUAGAUGCAGAUGCAAAAGCAGAAGCAGAAGCAGAAGCAGAUGCAGAACCAGAUGCAGAAGCAGAAGCAGAAGCAGAUGCAAAACUAAAUGCAGAAACAGAACCAGAUGCAGUAGCAGAUGCAGAAGCAGAAGCAGAUGCAGAAGCAGAUGCAGAAGCAGAAGCAGAUGCAGAAGCAGAACCAGAGGAAGGUGUGGAAACUGCACCAGAUGAGGAAAAGAGGGUAGAUGCCAAGGAUGCUACUCUUGUUCAGGACGUUGUAGAAACUGCAUCAGACAAUGAAAGUGUUAAAACCACAUUAGAUGAAGAAAGUAUGGAAAGCGCCCCAGAUAAAGAAUGUAUGGAAACCGCACCAGACAUGGAAGGCAUUGAAACCAUAUCAGAUGAAGGUGUGGAAACUGCACUUGAUGAGGAAGGUAUGGAUGUGGAAGAAGGUGAUGAAGGUGGUGAUAAAGAUGAUUUGGAUGAUGGUCAAGAAUCCAAAGGACCAUCAGUAGGACAUUCCGGUGAAGGUUGUAAUGGUGGCCAUGAAGACCACCAAGGAGAAGAAAGGAACAAAACUGUAGGAUCCGAGGAGGCAGAUGCGGUACAGAACAAAAAUGGACAUGAAGAAAAAGGCAUUGAUACAGAGAAACAAAAGGGUGUUGAAGAGGAUAUUGUGUGUGGUGCAGGAGAUGGUGAGGAUCCUUCAAAGGAUGUGGAUGGAGAAGGGGAGGGUGCCAAGGAAGAAGUUGUGGGUGAUGGGGUAGAGGAGGCUGAGAAGGAGGGCAGCUCAACAAAGCCCAAAAGUGUUACCAUGUCUGCCUGUCAGACAGAGUUUCAUUCUGAGGAGGAGGUUGAUGAUGUUGAAAGAAAAAGUGAGAGUGUGAAAGAUGAUAAUGACAAUGAUAAGGACACUGUGAGCACUGUAACGGCUGAGGAGGGUGGAGAGGCAGUGGUGGAGAUGGACAAUGCUGAAGAGGAGGAGAAUGGAGGCGAAGGGGGUGACGACUCCUUUCUCACGGCAGAGAAUGUCAACAAAAUUGCUGAGCAUGAUGAUGACAGUGACACAGAAUCCGAAGUUGAUGGCGUUAAAGUUGUGGGUAGAUCAAACAGACGUGGCCGCAAGUCAAAAGACUUUGGUGCCUCAUUUGUUACAGAAGAGGAUGACAUGGGCUUGAUGAUUGAUGCUGAAUGGAAGGAAAAGAAAAGAACAUCAACACCUCGUCGUCAGCAUGAGUACAAGCUGGAUAUGUCACUACUGAGGGUGCCCUUUGAUUAUGGUUGGAGGAGGGAGGUGGUGGUGCGUGCAGUAGUGGAGGGAUCCAACACCCAGAUGGACACUUACUACCACCCCCCAGAAGGAUCCAAACUGAGGUCCAUGGUCCAGAUUGCUGAUUAUUUGACAAAGACCAAGUCCCCAUUGUCCAUCGACAACUUUUCCUUUGCCCGGAAGUGUAUCUCUCAACCACCGUUUGAAGUCUUGAGGCAGGCAAACAGAGGACGGAGAUGUUUCCAGAAAAAGUCUCGAGGAGGUGGUGGGGGAUUUGGGAGAGGUCGAGGAAGGGGGAGAGGAAGGGGUCGCGGUCGAGGUCGAGGCGCAUCUCCAGGUCGAGGUCAAGGUUUGCGCUCAGCCUCGCCGAGUCCAGAGAAUAGUACAGUGUUCCGAGUGAGCCUCAAGGCAGAGAGUCCGGUGUCAACAAGGAAUGCCACACUUGCAUCUGACAGUAUAGCCUCCCCCAGACGUAGACCAGGCCGUCCGUCCAAGCUGUCCUACCCUCCCCCCGAGGUUGUGAUUGAGAGGGAGGAGGAGGAGGACGAGGAGGAUGAAGGGGACACUGAUGUCAACUUCAGCCCCACUGUCCGGUUUGCCUCGCCUGCUGUCAGCAUCAAGCGCUCCCACAGCGAUGUGGACACGGACAGUGAUGAUGAUGCCAGUGGCUCCUUCACGAGCUCUGGCCCGCCACGGAAAAAAGCUACUGCCAGGAAGAGCACAACUCCACGUAUCCCAAGCUUUAAGCCUCCGAGCAAGACGACAACGCCCCUGUCUCCCCCGGGCUCCCUGGGUCAGCUGUGCACAUUGCAGUGUCCAGGGCUGGAGGGGACCCCCCCCACUCUACAGUGUGCUGGAUGUAUGUGUCUCUUCCAUCCCCGGUGUGUCAACUGCAAGGAAGACAAGGUCACCUUCCUCUGUCUGAUAUGUGCCCAGCAUCCCACGAAGUCUCUGAGCACUCCAGCCAGCACUGUGUCAAUCCGACCCACACUAGUCAUGCCCAACUCGUCUAUCCCGACACCAACCUCUCUCGUAGCUGUGUCUGGGCCGUUUGUGACCCCGACAUCCACUAUAAUGAUGCGUCCAACCAUUCCUGUGGCAGUUACCCCCGGUGUUAUACGGCCCAGCAGGACAGUCCCAACAACAACAACAAUCAACCAGAAUUCAGAUGCCAUUGGAGCAUUACGAUCAAUCCUUGACCGGAGACAGCCCAACUUGCCCAACUUCACCAGUUUGAAUAUAGUGACAUCUGUGCCUGUGUGUCAGGUUCCAAGGAUGACCAGUUUACUGGCUACCAACAGUGUAAGGACUAUGAGUAUCCCCACGGCAACGGUGAGAGCACCAGUGCCGGUACAUACUCUUGUCAAUACCAGUGUGAGAGCACCACCCAUUCUCCCCACCCCAGCCACAAUUUCCAUCCCUACUUCAGGUGUAGUACGGGCCGCGCCCCCUCUCACUUUGUUACGCCCCCCACCCCAGCAAUCUCUCAACAAGCCUGCUCAGGCCACCAUGCCCACUAUUCCACCCCCCAGGCUUACAGUGGCCCCGGGGGUGCUUGUACCGGUGUCUCAAGGUUCAAAUGGAAUCCAGCCUAGGACUGACGCACAGCUCACUACAAGCACUUCCAAGCAGUCGGAAAUUCCUCUCAAUGCACAAUUAUUGACUCUACCAGAAGGUGUGACAAAGAGAUUAAAACUUUCACAGCCUUUGGCCUUGAAAAUCAACAAUAUUCAGAUUGUGGUGCCUCCGUCAUGUGUAAUAAACUCGAGUGACGGGUUGAAGGUGCUGCUCCCUCCCAACACGUUCCCUCUUCCAACAGAUCCCAAUGCCAAACUUAGUGUGACAGUGUCCAAUAACACAGCUUCUAUGGAUAGUGCUGACCCUAAACAAGGCAGCCCAGCAGUGCAACCCCCAGGGGAGGAGCCACCUGCAGCUAAGAAGGACAUGUCCAUCAUUUCCUCUCCCUCCACUCGAGCGUCUAAGCGGAGACAAGCUAUUGAUGCAACCUGCUGCUAUAUAAAAAAACUGUAUGCAGGUUAUGACUGUAUGUUACAAAUCUUCGAAUAUUUACGGACUAAAGAUCUCCUAAGGGCUGGAGCAGUUUGUCGUACUUGGAAUAAAAUCUCCUUACAACCAUGUUUGUGGAAGCGAGUUCGUCUCCGGAGCACAGUGAUCAGCGAGUGGGAACCUGCAGCACAGUUCUUUAGGAAGGUCCGAGUCGAGAGUCUGUGCCUGCAAGGGAUGUUCCACAAACAUGACAGGAACAGGACAUGGCAUUUGAUGAUUGCCAACCUGCAUCACCUGGUGGGUCUGCGAGAGAUCGAGUUCGGCCAUGUCCCAGCCUCUGUGCUCCACCUGGUGUGUGAGAAACUGGGCAACCUCGAAGUCUUCAAAUCAGAGUACAUCUCAGAGGUCAACGGAGAUCAGAAUAGGAACAUACCAUGUAAAAUUGACCUGGGCAAGUUCGUGUGUCUGAAGCACCUGCGUGAACUGCGACUCCGAGGUACCGGGGGCCUCACUCUACCUGCCUUCUCAUUCAAUGGAGGCCUGGCGGAACUGGCAGCUCUCAAGAACCUGGAAACCCUGUCCCUGACUACGCUGAAGUCCAUCCCAGAUAAUGAAUUCCACUUCCUCCGUGACAUGAAGCAGCUCAAGUUCCUGGAGGUCGGCAACUGUAACACCUGGUCAUCAGAGACCUACUUUGUGCUGGGCUCGCUGACGAACCUCACUCACCUCCGCCUGGAGUAUGGGGGGGAGAUCCCUGACAUCGGCCUCGGCGAUGCUCUGUCCUCCUUGGAGAACCUGGAGGAGCUUCAGCUGAUUCACUUCAGCCUGGCAGACACGCUGUACAUCACACUGGAGCAGCUUACCAAGCUCAAGUCCCUGGUUGUCUGGCCGGAGGCAACAGAUAUGGCAGCAGUCAAUUCCAACACUCUCACUCUGGUGUCGAAACUCCAGAAACUUCAGCUAUUGGAGUGGGGUGUGAUUGUCAACUCUGACAUGUGUGCCCCCGAUCCCCCCUCCGACCAUGACCGACAGGCCAUGUGGAUCCCCUUCUAUCCCUCCAACUAUGUGGAACUGCAGAAGCAGCCUGAAGCCCCCACUGUCCCCAUCAACCGACUCAGCCUCAUCCAGUUGACGGAGAGCCUGGCAGACUGUCUUCCGCAUACAGACAUCAAGGUCAAGAAGAUCAAGUCUCAGGUCAAGGUGAAUGGCUGGGCUAAUGACUCAUAGCGAAAGAUUGAGAACUUUCUCAUCCAGUAGAACAAAUUCAUCAACAAACCACUGGCCAUAAGCUGCUGGUAGAAUGCAUACAUCUACAGGUUUUGCAACUUGGUGAACAAGGACGAAAAAUAAUUCCUUGCAGUUGUAUUCAUCAGCUUGUAUUCUCUAAGGCAAGAGCAUUCUCCAUGUUGUCUGAGCAGGGUUAUUCUUUUCAUCAUUUUUGAAAUCUUGAUAUUUUUAUGACAGUGAAACAUUAGUUUGUUCUUUUAUUUGAAAUCAUUAGGAAAGAUGUUUUAUCAUUUUUAUGUGGUUAUAAUUUAUUUUGUUAAAGAAGUUGAAAUAUCAGUAAACACUAUGGUGGGAUCAGGACUGGGCAUUUUCUUACAAACUAGUCAGCAGAACAGGAGUACUGUACUUGAUGCAUGUGUACAGAAUUGUUUUCAUACAUUUUGCUACACUUUAAUGCAGUGAAUGAUUCAUAAUGUGUCAUUUAAAGUAACAGUGUGUAGCUAUAUAUGUUCAAACAAGUUAUGAGUUUUUCAAGUGACAUAAUCUUUUGAUACAGUGGAAUGGAUAUAUGUUCAAUAAACAUUUUUAAUAAGUGCAAUGUGCUUAUAAAUGUGACCUAUACAUAGAAGUAAUGUUACAUUAACAUAGAAGAUGAAGAUAUAUUUUUAAGGGGCAAUCCUAGGUUAUUCUAUAGCUGACCAAAAGUAGGUAAUGAUGUAUUUCAGUAAAAUAUUGUGAUCACACAAGUACAUAUGACAAGCCAUUAGGCAUGGCAUGAAACUAUGUCUUCUGUUAUUGAAGUGAAGUCCUGCAUACAAGAUAUAAGGGAUGAGUAAAGGAAUGAUUUGAAUACCAUUAUUCAGUUGGCUAAGGCUUGAAACUGUUAAAGCCAUGUUGUCCUUGUGUAUGUCCCAUGGACUCUUGAGCUGCUUGUUGUUGAGUACCCUGUGCACCCACCCUCGUCUCCAUCAGCAGUCCUCUAUUCACUGCAUUCCCAGUAAGGCAAUUAGGAGAUAGUAAGCUUUUCACACUCAGGACUGGCAUAGGCAGAUGUCGUUAUCAUGGACUAACAUGUAUGGAAAAGACCAUGAUACAUGUACAAUAAGGUAAAAAUAAGUGUUUCUUUUUUUUAGCUUGUCAAGAAAUGAGAUAAUUAGUUCGGUUCCUUUCAAUGACUGGCUUAUCUUUAGUGAAGGGCAUCAAAUUUGCUCUCAUAUCUUGAAAUACAGAUUUAUCUGAAUGGUGAUGGAGCUAGAAUGGGGCUCCCAGUUAGGUCCAGGAAACCGGAAACAUACACAUAUUGUUUUGGCAUAAAUAGUGCUCCAAAUUUGUGUGAAUGAACUUAAAGUAUUUUGUGCAACUACUUCCAAAUGCCUAAAGAAGUAUUAUUAAUUGUCUUUCAUGAAAUGGGUAGUGUAUGCCAAAUGGAAAAAUCCAUAAAAAAAUAAUAUAGUUUCAUAUAGUAGAAUAUAGAUGAUGGGUGCACUUGGCCCACAUUUGUUAGCGUGAAGUGACUUGCCGAAGAGUGGGUUGUGUUGUGUUUGUCUGGAGGAAUGUGUACUGAUCCACACAGGCCCCUGAAGCCGCGACUGAGCCAACAUUUCGAUAAACUCACCCGAUAUAGGUAAUAAAUUGCCAAAAAUGAAGGUUUGUGGCAUGCAGGUCCUAUUUGGAGGUAGGUGGGGAGGUAUUGUGAACAUGACAUGCAUAUAUUUCCAUUUAAUUUAAACGAUACAGCCGAUUUCAACUUCGGUCAAGAUGGCGAGUGACGUCCCUUGUCUAUUUAUAUAUAUGAGUCUAGUGUUUCAGUUAUAUCACUAUCCUGCUUCAGGGGCCUGCGUGAUAUACAUGGCGCUGUUUCUUUGUAGUCAGACAGUUUUCAUUGUGCAUACUACAUGGCAUUUCUACCUUUCAAAUCAUGUAAGGAUUCUGAAAUGACACAUUUUAAUGAGUUGUGUGAUAAAAAUUAUUCAGAGGGCAUCCUUACCCUUUACCUGAAACCUACAGUCAAAGGUAACAAUUCAUUAAUCUUGUUGGUUCAUUUGUUCUUUGUUCAUAAUACCAGAGACCAUGCAGUAUAUGGUCUCUGAUAGUACAGUGGUAAUAACCUUCAUCAUAUCAUUGUAUAUUUCAUCUGCACUUGUAUAUAGCCUUUUUAAGAAAUGUACACUAUUCAUCUAGUGCUCUAUGACACCUGUGAACUUUGUUACAAAGAUCAAAUUGGACAUUACUCAUUAUGCAAUAAAUAAUGUUUAUGAUA